AGUUGGUGUGUCCUCGUUACUGCUGAGCACUAAUUGGGGGCUUCAGGGGACCAAUGAGCUGUGAUAAAGCAAUUCCUCUCAGGAGCAUCUGAGGCCACAGGCAGGGACAUCAGUUCAGCUCUUUAAACCAGAAUAAGGAGCAGUAGGUUGCCUGAAUAUCUGUGGGGUUGGGAUGGCAGUUGUGGCCAGGAGGUGCCUAAACCCUCAGCCACGAAUUUGUGCCUGGUUGUUGUGUCUUUCUCCUCCCCCCUGCCCCCUUCUUUAGGUCCCCAUUUCUUUUCUCCAAGAUUUAAUCUGGCUGUGAAAUUGGAGUGCCUGCUCUGUGAUUUAGCCACCAUUUGAUGGGCAUGGAUCAAGAUCAAAUGGAGGAUUAGGGGAUUCAAGGAUUAGGGGCUCCAUUGCAGGGUGGGAUGGGAGAGAGGAGCUCCUGAGUGGGAAAGCUCUUUGAAGAGGAAAUGAGAUGAGUGUAGAGGAUGCUUUUCCUCUUGCAGGAAUUUCAUCAAUGUCCAUUUAAGCCCUAUUGUAUCUGUACUGGUUUGGCAUCUCCCCUCCUUGCUUGUUAAAGGGGUGCCUGUUGUAUCCCAUAAAAACAGGAUUUUCCUUGUUUCACUUGGAGUUAAGGACCAAAUGCUGUGAAUAACCUAGAAGGGCUCUUCCUACCAAUCAUCUCCUCUUCUCCUGCAGGAAACACACAAAGUUUACAGGCAGAAACUGGAAGAAGUCACUGGCUUGCAGACAGCCUGCAGCAGCUCCAUACACCGGCAGAAGAAGACACUGAGGGAUCUGAAGCACAGCCUGCAACGGUGCAAGCCCAGAGCGAGUCCUGAGGAGUUUGCUCUCAUUCAGGAGAUCAGCAGCCAGAUCAAGGAGAGGCAGAAUGUCUUCUUUGACAUGGAAGCCUACCUGCCCAAGAGGAACGGCUUGUACUUAAAUCUGGUGCUGGGAAAUGUGAAUGUCACUCUCCUGAGCAACCAAGCAAAGUUUGCCUACAAGGACGAGUAUGAGAAGUUCAAACUUUAUCUGACAAUAAUCUUGUUACUCGGGGCUGUUGCCUGCAGAUUUUUUCUCCACUACAGGGUGACAGAUGAAGUGUUUAACUUUCUGUUGGUGUGGUAUUACUGCACGCUGACGAUACGGGAAAGCAUUCUCAUUAGCAAUGGCUCAAGGAUCAAAGGCUGGUGGGUGUCUCAUCACUACGUUUCCACGUUCCUGUCUGGAGUGAUGUUAACGUGGCCAGAUGGACUCAUGUAUCAGAUGUUUCGCAGUCAAUUUUUAGCAUUUUCAAUAUUUCAGAGCUGUGUUCAGUUCUUACAGUAUUAUUACCAAAGGGGCUGCCUCUAUAGGCUCCGGGCUUUGGGGGAGAGAAACCACUUGGACCUUACAGUAGAAGGAUUUCAGUCCUGGAUGUGGAGGGGGCUGACAUUUCUCCUUCCCUUCUUGUUCUUCGGGCAUGUAAGUUGGAUGAUGCCCUCCUCCCUCUGCGGCACAAUGUCUGCUGCUGCACCCCCCCACAAAGUUCUGGCAGCUGUACAAUGCAAUCACGCUUUUCAGAUUGUCAAGGCACAAGGAAUGCAAAGAAUGGCAGGUUUUUGUGUUGGCUUUCACAUUCCUGCUGCUCUUCCUCGGGAACUUCCUCACUACUCUCAAGGUGGUGCACACUAAACUCCAGAAGAACAAAGACAAGGUGAAGAAGCUGUGACUCCCCCUGUUCCCAGUGUGCAUCUAUCUCUCUGUCCCCAGCAGGGCUGGGUUUGGGACAGAUCCUGCUCAACCCCAGCCAGGCGAUGGAUGGGCUCGGAAGGACUCUCCUGUCCCUGUGUUUGGUGAAGGACUCUGCCAGCACAGACUCAGUAUUAAUGCAAGCAUGGCUCUACAGUCACACUCCUGCUAUUUAUGUAUAUUUAAUAUAAAAUGUAUUUGCUUCUGGGGUUUUUGUUCUGUAUAUAGAGCAGCAUGCACCUGCCUGGCAAAGUGCCAGCGUUGGGGAAUAUGUGGGAUCUACUGUAAUUCCAAUUCUGGAAUGAUACCUGACACUUUCCAGUUUUAUUAUUUAAAUUCUGGGUUUUGAAUUUAUUGAGAUUUAUGAACACUCUGGGUGGAUCAGUAAUACAGAGCGAAUGCUGUUUUUUAAGGCAUUUGUUUAAGGCAUAUUCUCAGUGGCAAUACUAACUAUGUGUACUGUGAAAAGAAAAUGCUCAUCUUUGUACCAUACUGCUGCUAUAUACACUUCUAAAAAGCUAUCUAAAGAAGAGAAAUUCCUCCUUUGGAAACAAAAUCAUGCAAGCAAAAGCAGUUUUUAAAUGGCAGGGAUGUCUGCUAGUCCUUUUCCAGGGAGACCAGGUCAUUUGUCCAGGCCUGACAGGACCUAAAAUAAACCAUUCAAUAUGCAGCUGCCUCUGCCCCCUUUUUGUAACAAACACACAGCCCUUGGGUUGGUUUUUGAGGCAUGGUUCUGGAAAGGGGGAGGACAGACUCAGUUCAGAUAUUAAAUACUGUCUUUAGAUGCUGCACGUGUACCAAUGCUGAAGAGAAUGGAAACACUGGGUCAAGUGGAUGGCAGGGGACAAACACUGACUGCUACCCUGCUACAGUCCUUGUGCUGCUUGACUUUACAGUCACUCAUUUGAACACCCUU